AUGAAUGGCUUUAGUACUAUUUCAAAUCCGAAGAAUCAUGUCUUUAGCCGCAUCUCAUGGGGAAUUCUGCUUCUUCUUGGUGUCACAUUCACAGUCAAGAAUAUUGCGGAUUGCUUUUCAAAAUAUCUGAGCUAUCCAACAAUUACUAAAACAAGCGAGAUUCCAGUCAACGCAUCAGUCGAAGCCUUUCCAAAACUGACGAUCUGCCUCAACUCCCAACAAUCGAUAUGGAAGAUACAAAAGUACUACCCUGACACUUACGAAGAAAUUCUCGCCGGGCUGCCGUUUCUCUACGGCAGUUAUGGCGAUAAUCACGGAGAAAAGUUCCGCGACUUUCGAUAUAAAGACAGAUCAGUUUUAGACUCGUUGGACUUGGAGAAAUUUAUGAAUUCGACAAGUGGAGAAAUGGAAAUAAUUGCUUGCAAAUUUCUGAACAGAGAUUGCCGGGAUAGCUGGGAUAAGAUCUUGACGAUCUAUGGGACUUGUCUUGUGUUUACUCCUUCUUCAGAGCUUCAGUAUUUCGAGAAGUACACGAUGAAACACUGUCAAAUGGAGUGCUUGAUCAAAGAAAUUAAGACAAAAUGCCACUGCAACGCGCCGUUUUUCCCUUAUCUCGCGAAGAUCGACGAUCUUGGUUUCUGCAAUUUCACUCAACACAGCUUCUGUGUCUCAAACCAGAUCGUCGCUCACGAUAAUUUGGAAUGCCAAGGAUGCGAGCUCGAAUGUGACUCUGAGAAUUUCGUCCACGGUAACCUUCAGUACGCUGAACUUGACUUGAAAUCGCCGGAUCACAGAAGCGACGGGCUCGACAGUUGA